GUAAUUUUUAGUUUUGAUAUUUAUACUUUGGGAUUCUCCACUCCCAACUUAGUCUGUCCAAUUUUCAAAGAAUCAGUUUUCGUUCACAACCAGCCUCAGUAACCAGAGAGCUGCCUACAUUACCAAACGAAUCGCGAGCAGACGAUUACACGACAAAUCUAUAAUCUACACAUAGAUACAUAAACACACAGCAGCAUUUAACUAAACUAUAUCAAGAUGGCACACAGCGAACAGAAUGGAGAUGAUGCAGAUAUCAGUAGAAAGGCAGUGGCCGAGUUUGUGGCCAAAUGCGGAGGUACACGUGUGAUUACAAGUGUCUUGAUUGCGAACAAUGGUAUCGCCGCUGUCAAAUGCAUCCGAUCUAUCCGCCGUUUCAAUUAUGAGAUGUUCGGCGACGAGCGAGCGAUUAAGUUCGUUGCCAUGGCCACGCCCGAGGAUAUCAAGGUCAACGCCGAGUACAUCAAAAUGGCGGAUCGUUACAUCAAGGUUCCCGGAGGCACCAACAACAAUAACUACGCCAAUGUAGAGCUUAUUGUGGACAUAGCCCAACGCACUAAUGUGCAGGCUGUGUGGGCUGGCUGGGGUCACGCCUCAGAGAACCCCAAGCUUCCCACUAUGCUCAGACGUAUAGACAUUGCUUUCAUCGGCCCUCCCGCGAGUGCCAUGGACGCACUAGGUGACAAGAUCGCCUCAUCCAUUGUAGCCCAGUCUGCCGAUGUGCCCACCUUGCCAUGGAAUGGUACGGGUGUGACGAUUGAUGUGAACAAUCUCAACGGCGCAAAUCUAGAGGUCCCCGCCGAUGUGUACGAAAAGGGAAUCGUGUCCACCAUGGAAGAGGGUGCCGAAGCCGCCGAACGCAUUGGCUACCCCGUUAUGAUCAAGGCCUCUGAGGGUGGAGGUGGCAAGGGUAUCCGUAAGGUGGAGAAGCCCGAGCAGUUCGCAGCCUUCUUCAGACAGGCGCAGAACGAAGUGCCCGGGUCACCCAUCUUUAUCAUGCAGCUGGCCAAGCGCAGUCGUCACUUGGAGGUGCAGCUGCUGGCCGAUCAGUACGGACAGGCUAUAUCUCUGUUCGGUCGUGAUUGUUCAGUACAAAGACGUCACCAGAAGAUCAUUGAAGAAGCUCCCGCAGCCAUUGCCGAUCCGCUCACGUUCGAGGAAAUGGAAAAGGCAGCUAUUCGCCUAGCCAAACUCGUCGGUUACCAGAGCGCUGGUACUGUUGAGUAUCUAUACGAAGAACCCGAAGAGGGCACCGAGGGCGAAGAAAAGGAGCAGUUCUAUUUCUUGGAACUGAACCCUCGAUUGCAGGUGGAGCAUCCGUGCACUGAAAUGGUGUCAGAUGUCAACCUGCCAGCCGCGCAGCUGCAGGUGGCCAUGGGCAUUCCUUUGCACCGCAUGAAAGACAUCCGUAUGUUGUACGGCGAGUCUGCCUUCGGUGACAACGAGAUCGACUUUGACGACUUCAGCAAACGAAGAAAGGCGAACGGUCACGUCAUCGCCGCGCGUAUUACGGCUGAAAACCCUGACGAAGGAUUCAAGCCAACCGGUGGAAACAUCACCAACCUGAACUUCCGCAGUAGCACGAAUGUGUGGGGUUACUUCUCCAUCGAUGGCAGUGGAGCGCUGCACGAGUACGCCGAUUCCCAAUUCGGCCACAUCUUCGCUUGGGGAGAAGACCGUGACCACGCGCGCCGUAAUAUGGCGGUGGCUCUGCGAGAAGUGUCUAUCCGAGGAGAGAUCCGCACAACUGUCGAGUACAUCGUCAUGUUGCUGGAAACCGAUGCUUUCUUGCGUAACAAGAUCAGCACGGGUUGGCUGGAUAAGCUCAUUGCCGAGAAGCUGCAGUCGGAGAAGCCCGAAGUCAUGACGUCGGUGAUUAGUGCGGCGGUGCACAUCUGCGCCAACACAUUUGAGACCAACUACGACCUGUACCUCAAGAGCGUCGAGCGAGGUCAAUUCCUGGACCAGGAUAUGUUGAAGACCUCCAUGAACCUCGACCUUAUCCACGACGGGGUUAAGUACACCAUCAGCGUAUCACAAAACGGUUCCAUUAACUUUGUGGUCAUUAUCAACGGCCUGCACGUGGACACAACGCGCGAGCCUCUCAACGACGGUGGUAGUCUGGUGGAGUUCAAUACCACAUCGUAUGUGGUGUACAUGAAGGAGGAGGUCGACGGAUACCGUGUGAUUGUGAAUAGCAAGACCAUCAUGUUCGAGAAGGAGAACGAUCCCACUGUGCUGCGAUCGACCUCUCCCGGAAAGCUGAUUCGUUACUUGGUGGAAGACUUCACUCACGUGGACGCCAACACCGCUGUGGCGGAAAUUGAAGUGAUGAAAAUGGUCAUGCCGGUUACCGUGGAUCACGCAGGUACCAUUCGCACGCUCUUGCAGCCGGGCAGUGUGUUAUCUUCCGGUGACAUCAUGGCCAAGCUAACACUCGAUGAUGCAGAUGCUAUCAGACCCGCCGAGCCUUUCACAGGACAACUGCCACCUUAUUUGCAAGGAUUGACCCGUGAGGAUGAGAAGGUGCACCAAAUCGCCAGCCGUUGCAUUGCUGAGGUCAGCACCAUCCUGGAUGGAUACUGUGUGGAGGAGCCCUUGUUCUCUCAGAGAUGCGCUCCCUUAGUCCGUGAGCUCAAGACGGCGCUGUCUGACGCCAACUUGCCACUGCUGGAGUUACAGGAGAUUAUGGCGGCCAUCGCCUCGCGUAUCCCUGCACAUGUGUCAGCUGACAUCAACGCUCAGCUGACCACGUACGCUUACAGUGUCAACUCUAUGUUCUGCUCCUUCCCCACUCAAGCUAUCGCAACCGUGCUGGACACGUAUGCGGCAUCGCUUAAGAACAAGGGUGAGAGAGACGACUUCUUCGCCGCUGCCACCCCAAUCUUCCAGCUAAUCCAAAAGUAUCGCAAUGGAGUUCGUGGCCACCAGAAGACCAUCCUGACGACUCUCCUGGCCAAGUACUACGACGUCGAGAGCAUCUUCAGCACCCCUGGAGGACAAGGCCUGGGCGAUAUCCUGUACGCCUUGAGCGAACGCCGCAAGAAGGAUGGUGAAGACACCAACGGCCUCGUCGACAUUGUGCGCAGUCACAGCCGCACCACCCAGAAGAACAAGGUCGUCCUGCUGCUACUGUCAGCUCUUAUCGGUGACAAGAGUGGACACAUGGGCGAGGACGAGAAGCGCAUUGUGGAGAAACUCGCAACGCUCACCCACAAGACAUCAAGUCCCGUGGCCGUGCGGGCGCGUCAGUUGCUGAUCCAGAGCACGCUACCGUCCUUCAAGCGACGAUGCCUGGAUAUGGAGAUCUUCAUCCAGAGUGCCAUUGAAGACCAAGGCCAGGGAGCCGGGAACAGUCUGCAGCUGUUGGUGGACGAGAGUGUGGCAGUGUUUGAUACCAUCACGCACUUCUUCCGUCACCACAACCGCGAGAUUCAGUACGCGGCACUCGAGGUGUACGUGCGCAGAAGUUAUCGCGCGUACCAGAUCCAGAAUAUCAAGCACGACAUGGUCAAUGAGAAGUACCGUGUGGUCGAGUGGAAGUUCUUGCUGCCUCAGUCUCACCCCAACAUCAGACAUCUGUUCGCAGGCUACGGCAAGCACAUGAUCGACGCCAAGACGGCUAAUCUGACCAUCGGCGCCAACACCACCAACGAGGGACUGAUGAUCCCCACCCCUACCAGCCACGACAAGACCGAGUCGUCAGGCCUCGCACACAGGCGAAGCGACUCACUCAACUCACUCAAGAGCCUGUCACUGCACACGCGCACGAGUUCGUCCAAUCUGAGUGCCAUGGGCAAGGAGGACAGCAUCAAACGCGUGGCUAGUAUCAGUGAUAAGGUUGAUCAGCUGGACAAGCUGUACCAGGACAACGACUGGGCCAGACACGGUGCCAUGGCUCUGUUCGCUGAUCUGACCGAGUUCCGCAAGCAUGCCGAGGAGUUGAUCCGACGCUUCCCCACGAAGGCGCCCGCCUCUACCCGUCCUGCCAUGAACAUCCUUAACAUUGCCCUUACCCACUUGCCAGGCAGAUCCGGGGAUAUUGAUACGGAUUCCGUCUUUGAGGUGACGGAUGACCAGAUCUCCCAGGUGAUUGCGGAGCAGAUGGCUGGGCUCAAGGACGUGCUGCGCGAGAGACAAGUGCGCCGGGUGUCGUUCCUGAUUCUGCAGAACAGCAGCUUCCCCAAGUACUUCACCUUCCGCGAUCGCUUCGACUACGAAGAGGACUCCAUCUACCGCCAUCUGGAGCCAGCCCUAGCCUUCCAAUUGGAACUGUUCAAGCUCGAGAACUACAACAUCACCUACGUCCCUACCAACAACCUGGGUGUGCACCUGUACUACUCUGAGGCCAAGGAUAACAGUGCCAAGGGCGUGUCGCAGAAUGCCGUCGAUCGACGCUUCUUCAUGCGUUCUAUUAUCAGACACGCGGAUCUUCUCUCCAAGAGAGCGUCCCUGGAGUACUUCUUCAACGAGGGUGAGCGUGUGGUCGUGGAGGCCCUGAACGAACUCGAGGUUUUCAACAACAGUGCAGACUACCCACGCACCGACUGUAAUAUGAUCUUCCUCAACUUUGUGCCAACGGUGGCGAUUGAUCUGCAGUCGCUGCUGGAGUCGCUGGUGUCGCUGGUUGAACGCCAUGGCCUGCGUUUCUGGAAGAAUCGUGUGCUUCAGGCUGAGAUCAAGCUAGCUGCGUUGCUAAACGAGAGUGAUGACUCCGUCUCUCACCUGCGUGUCAUGAUUGACAACGACACGGGUUUCGCACUCAACAUUGUGGUGUACGAAGAGGUGUACAACAAGGAACUGGAACAAGUCAGUUUCCAGACCAUCUUCCCCUUGGACUACGAAGGCCCUAUGCACGGACAAGAUGCCUCUCUGCCGUAUUCCACUAAGAGUCGACUGCAGCUCAAGCGCUUCCAAGCACAAAGCAACAACACCACUUUCGUCAAGGAUUUCCCCGAGUUGUUCCGUCAAGGACUGCGUGAGCUCUGGAGUGAGCCCCAAGCGGCCACUCUCAAUGCCGAGCACAAGCACUCGCAACUGGUCGAGGUUACCGAUUACGUGCUGAACAAGGAGGACAUUCUGGUACCAUCUCAGUCCAAGGAGCUCUUCGAUGAGUACGCGGACGUGGGUAUGAGUGCAAGACGUUUGAAGAUGUACACUCCGGAGUACCCCGAAGGCCGAGAGGCUAUACUAAUCUGCAAUGAUAUCACUCAUGUCAUCGGUAGUUUCGGAGUCAGAGAAGACAAGGUAUUCCAACAAGCGUCGCAGAUGGCGCGUGAGGAGGGUAUCCCACGCAUUUACGUAUCCGUCAACAGUGGAGCCCGCAUUGGCUUGGCGAAGGAGGUCAUGGCCAAGUUCAAGAUCUGCUGGAAGGAUCCCAACGCGCCUAAUAAGGGUUUCGAGUACUUAUACCUGACCGAAGCUGAUCACGCGGAGAUGUCUGAGAAAUCUGUUGUAUCCGAGCGCAUCAUUGUCGAUGGGGAAGUCCGUUACGAAAUCAAGGCUGUCGUCGGCAAGGACGACGGUCUGGGUGUGGAGAAUCUUCACGGUUCCGGUAUGAUUGCCGGAGAGACUGCACAGGCAUACGAGGACACGUUCACCAUCACACUCGUGUCAUGCCGCUCUGUGGGUAUCGGAGCCUAUCUCGUGCGUCUAGGCCAGCGUACCGUGCAGGUAGAGGGCAGUAGUAUCAUCCUGACCGGUGCCGAAGCGAUCAACAAGCUGCUGGGAAGCAAGGUGUACACCAGUAACCAGCAGUUGGGAGGCACGCAGAUCAUGUACCACAACGGUGUGUCGCACCUGACUAGCAAGGACGACUACGACGGUGUCUACAAGAUCCUGCAGUGGCUGGCCUAUGUGCCCAAGACUCGCAAUUCGCCUCUACCCUGCCGAAUGCUGCGUGAUGUCGCCGACCCAGUCGACCGACCGAUUGAUUUCAUGCCGUCUAAGAUAGACGCGUACGAUCCCAGGCACAUGCUUGCUGGUUUCACUGAUACAGAUGGAAGCUUCAAGACCGGGUUCUUUGAUCGCGACAGUUUCAUGGAAACCCUCGGAGGCUGGGCCAAGACGGUUGUCACUGGUCGUGCUCGUCUAGGUGGCAUUCCCGUGGGUGUGAUUGCCGUUGAGACGCGCACUGUGGAACUGGCCACCCCGGCCGAUCCAGCGAACAUCGACACUCAGAGCAGCAUCCAAAACCAGGCUGGUCAGGUGUGGUUCCCCGACUCGGCCUUCAAGACCGCACAGAGCAUCAGCGACAUCGACAAGGAGGGUCUGCCCCUGAUCAUCUUCGCCAAUUGGAGAGGGUUCUCCGGUGGUAUGCGCGACAUGUUAGACGAGGUCCUCAAGUUCGGGGCACAGAUUGUUAGCGCUCUCAAGGACUUCCAACAGCCCGUACUGAUCUACAUCCCACCGUACGGAGAACUCAGAGGUGGCGCGUGGGUGGUUGUGGAUCCUGCAAUCAAUCCCGAUAUGAUGGAGAUGUACUGUGACCAGGACGCCCGCGGUGGGGUCUUGGAGCCCGAGGGUACCGUUUCCGUCAAGUUCCGAUGGGGAGAUCAGCUCAAGGUCAUGCUGCAGAACGACGCCGUGUACGCCGAUCUCAUCAAGCAACGCAAGGAGGCCCUCGAACAGGUGGCCAUUGCUUCACUCACUACCCGCCAUUCAGAUUCACUAGCCAACACACCACCACCGUCACCCGCUCGUACCUUCAGUGUUGGCGAUGACAGCGAAGUGGACGAGGCCAAGCGCGCAUCGUCCGUUGUGGAGAAGCUCGACCAAUUGAUUGCGAAGCGCGAGAAGGAGAUGAAGUCCGUGUACCAUCAGGUUGCUGUUCAAUUCGCCGAUCUGCACGACAGAGCCGACCGAAUGAAGCAGAAGGGCUGCGUGUCCGAUAUUCUCAAAUGGCGCCAGUCUCGUGAGACCCUAUACUGGCACAUGCGACGUCGUAUUCUAGAGGUGAAUGCCUGCAAGACGAUCAUGGCUGCCAGCGACUCAAUCGUAAUGGGACAGGCCCUGUCCAUGCUCAGGCGGUGGAUUGUGGUCGAGACCUCUGUGCAAUGGGAUGACGAUCGCACUGUAGUAGCCUCGCUGGAAGCCAACGAUGACCUGAUCCAGGAGAACGUCAAGGGAAUCCGACGAUCAAAACAAAUGAAGGACAUGGAGAACAUAAUCGACGCCAACAACGACAGUGCCGUAAACUGUCUCAUGCAUCUGAUCGAGCGAAUGGCGCCCGGAGAAAAGGACGAGAUGUACGAACUCAUGAACAGCAGUCGGCAGAACAUGAACGCGUAAAGGGGUAUCAGAAAUCCCGUGAUAUCAUAUGAUAUCGUGGAAAGUAUAUCUGCUCAGAGGGUUGUAUGAGUCCCUCGCGGGAACGUAGAUAUAUACAAAUGGAACGGACACUACUGGGGAUUGUGUGGGAAACGCAUGUUGCGUAGUGUUAAAUAUUAGAGAAGCUUGGGUCAUGCAAGCUAUACACGUUGAGGCCUGUGGUACUGUUAAAACAACGCACUUUGGCUACAAGUAAAUUUCCCAGGAAAGGAUUAGCAUACUGUACAUAUGGAAUUAAAAGGAUUCUAUAUUUUAAAGAAUUUUCUUAAGAGUAUGUUUAUUAAUGGUGGAUAAAUAUAUAAGAAAUUGGA